UUUUCUCUUCUCAUCAUCGAUUCUUCCUUUCGCGGGAUAUACAAAUCCCUAAUUUCUCUCUUAAAAAAAAUUAAAAGAAAAAAAAAAUCUAGGGUUAGGGUUUUUAAUCGAAGAUGACUCAGAACGGGAAGCUGAUGCCGAAUCUGAACCUCGAUCAGCAGAGCACCAAAGUCCUGAAUCUGACUGUUCUUCAGAGGAUCGAUCCCCAUGUGGAGGAGAUCCUGAUCACGGCUGCUCACGUUACUUUCUACGAAUUCAACAUUGAGCUCAAUCAGUGGAGUCGUAAGGAUGUUGAGGGAUCUUUGUUUGUUGUUAAAAGAAACACGCAGCCGAGAUUCCAGUUCAUUGUUAUGAACAGAAGGAACGCAGAAAAUUUGGUGGAGGAUAUCUUGGGAGAUUUUGAGUAUGAAAUCCAACCUCCAUACUUGUUGUACCGGAAUGCAGCUCAAGAAGUUAAUGGUAUAUGGUUUUACAACCAACAAGAAUGUGAAGCUGUUGCAGCUCUUUUCCAGAGGAUACUAAGUGCAUUCUCUAAGGUUCCUCCAAAGUCUGGCUUAUCUGCGGCUAAAAGUACUGAGUUUGAGGAGCUGGAAGCUGUUUCGAAUUUAGCUGUCAUGGAGGGUCCUUUGGAGCCACAAACAUCAUCUGCUGCUAGUGUUCCUGAUGCCCAUAUUCCUGACGAUUCUUUUGUCAAUUUUUUCACUGGAGCUAUGAACAUUGGUAAUGCAGCAGGUCCAAAUGCAGCUAUGAUGGGACCAUCACAUCAGUCUUCAAGUAUUCCCUCAUCUUCCCACUCAGUUAACAUCAUUCCAUCGGCAGCAACUCCUUAUCAAUCUUCUCCUUCUCUUCCAACUCUACCCAUUCCUUUGAUACCCAAUGAAUAUAGCGGCACCAGCAGCAACCGGAGCUCUGCCAAUCUCAUAAACCCUUCCCUUUUUGCACCACCAGCUUCAUCUUCAGCUGCAUUGUCGAUGCCACCGAUUGUUUCUUCUUCGAUGCCAAGUGCUCCCCCACUUCAGCCUCCUAUUACGAUGCAGCGUCCAUAUGGUACUCCUUUGCUCCAACCGUUUCCACCUCCAACUCCACCUCCGUCUCUUACUCCUGCUCCUGCUGCCAGCUAUGGCCCGGUGAUUACAAGAGAUAAGGUUCGGGAUGCCUUGCUGCGGCUUGUGCAGAAUGAUCAUUUUGUUGAUAUGGUGUACCGCGAAAUGAUGAGUGCACAUUAUCCACAGUGAUACCGAAGAAGGCAGGAUAUGGACGCUGUCUGGAUUUGGGCAGAUACCAUCUUUAUUUCAUAUGUCGCAUGCGAUUGGAUGGCUGCUUAUGUAACUUUGUGAGAGUCUCGCCUGUAGUUAUGAGAUGUUUUGGGUUUUAUAUAUAGGAUAUUUCUUAAUAUCAAUAUAUUGGACGGUAUUGAAAAUAAUAAUAUUAUUGUUUCUUUUCUCUCUCUAUUUCUUCUUUUUUAAUAGAAUUUGUCUUUAUGCUGCUGUUUGUACAGCCUAUAAAUCAAAGAUGA